AUGUUCACCAUGAAGGCGUUCUUAGUUUCGUUGUUGGUUGUCUCCGUUAUCGCCGGUGAUGCGACGGAGAAGAAACAUGAAAAACGUGGUCUUCUGCACGGAGGGUCGCCGAUAUACGCGAGUGGACACGGCGGCUUUGUACCAAGUCUCCCUAUUGACCACGGCAACGUUGUAGUGCACGAUCAUGGAUAUGGACAUGGACCCGGAUAUGGACAUGGACCCGGAUAUGGACUCGGUCAUGGAGUCGGACUUGUAGAAGGACACGGUCAUGGAGUCGGACUCGUAGGAGAACACGGUCAUGGAGUCGGACUCGUAGGAGGACACGGUCACGGAGUCGGACUCGUAGGAGGACACGGUCACGGAGUCGGACUCGUAGGAGGACACGGCCAUGGAGUAUACGCGUCAGGUAUCGGCAUCGGACCUGGAUAUGGACUUGGAUACGGACCUGGAUACGGAGCUGGAUACGGAUCUGGAUACGGAUCUGGAUACGGAUCUGGAUAUAGACCUGGACACGUGCACCAUACGCAUAUCGUGAGUCGCGUUGUUCCAGUACCGGUUCCCGUGCAUCAUCCCGUUCCCAUCACCCGCAAGGUUCCCGUGCCGGUACCGCAUCCCGUUCCUGUCGAAGUGAAACGCCCGGUUCCCGUUGCGGUGCCUCAUCCGGUUCCAGUCAUCAUCAACAGAGCUUAUCCCGUGAGUGUGCCCCGCCCGGUUCCAGUGCCAGUUCCGCAUGCCGUGCACGUGUCGCACCCGGUGCCACACCCGGUUCCAGUUCCGCAUCCGAUCCCGGUAUCGAUCAACAGACCAGUUCCGGUACCGGUUCAUCCUCUACCUCUUCCUCAACCUCUACCGAUUAAUCACGAGUAUCCCUUUCACCUCUCUCCUCAACCCGUCAAUCCAAUUGGCAUCGCGCAUAACGAUAUAGGAGCUAGCGCGUUAUUGGACGGCGGACACAGUUCCGGGCUUACUGUAAGCGGUGCCCUCGUGUCUGGUGAUUCCGCGGGUUUCUCUUCUGUUCAUCCAGAACUACAUCUGAGCGCGGCGAGCGAUCUGAGCGACGACGGAUAUUCGUAUCCGAUUCCGGGGAAGAAAUUAAUCUUUUAA